AUGGAAAGCAAGUACUUCUACUUCGACCUCGACUAUUAUGGGGUGAGCUUCUAUGAGGAAGAAAUAAUGACUGACUCUCAGCAGAGGGUUGCCGCGGCAGCAGUCCGUUGUCGCUUUGGAAGAGGUGUAAGAGUCCUGCAUGAGCUCGGCCAGGACGAACACCUGAGCUUUAAAUACAAGCAAAACUACAGCUAUGAAGCAAGGAAGGAAACGCAAGCCCGUCCCAGCGAGCCUGAGAAAGCAGCUGGAACAGCUGCUUGUCGCUCCAACAACAGGCAAAUAAAACACCACAAGUUCACCUGUGCCCAACUGUGUGAACUGGAGAAAGCUUUCCAAGAGACCCAGUAUCCUGAUGCACACCGAAGAAAAGCACUUGCAGCCCUCAUUCAUGUGGACGAAUGCAAGGUGAAGGCUUGGUUUAAAAAUAAGAGAGCUAAAUACAGGAAAAAACAUAAGGAUUUACUACUCAGCAGUGCUACAUCUGGUACCUUGAACAACUUUUCUGCUCAGAUGAAUGAAGACCCCAAGAGUAGUACCUCUGUUCCUGAGGAGCCAAUAGGGUUCAUCGUGUGCCAGCAACAUCUUGGCAAAUCCUGCUGGUCAUAA